CGGCUAGCGCACACACCCCAGAGCUUCCAGUUCAUCAGCAAGCUUCGUACGGUAAUGAUCGCCGCUGCUCUAGGUCUGCUGCUCCAACGUUGCUCGAAGCAAACAAAUCGAUCUAGUCAUCCGUCGUAAUUGAGACUGUGUGUGUCAUGGCUUCCUACCUGGAGGAUCUCGUCGAUUCGUUCAUCAGCAGCUCGGCGCUCGUUACCUACUGGAACUACAUCUUCCCGGUGCUGGUGGGUCUCUAUCUGGCCAUUUCACUGUACGACAAGCAUCGGUACGGGCGGAACAAGAAGCUACGCAUUACGGAACCUGCGGCCACCGAAAAGAGUGGCAACAAGCUCGAUGGGCUAGAGUAUGUUGGAGACCUGGAACAUGCUGACUACGAUCCGAUGCCGGCACUGGAAGAAAAACCCCACAUCCCGUACACCGGUGCGAAGGUAACGCUCGCGACGGAUCCACUAGAGGCAGCCAAUCGGUUUUAUGCCAUCGCCAACGAUCGACGCAGUGUGCGCAAGUUUAGUGCUCGACCCGUCGAUGCGGCCAUCGUAGAACGCUGCAUCCAGGUGGCCGGUACAGCUCCGAGCGGUGCACACACGGAACCGUGGACGUUCUGUCUCGUGUCCGACCCGUCGAUCAAGGCAAGCAUUCGGGAGAUUGUCGAAGCGGAAGAGUUUGUAAACUACACGCAACGUAUGGCGAAACAGUGGGUCACCGAUCUGCGACCAAUUCGUACGAACCACAUCAAGGAGUAUCUUACGGAUGCGCCCCAUCUUGUGCUAGUGUUCAAGCAGACGUACGGCUACAAAGCUAGUUCGACCGGAACGGACAAAAAACAGCAUUACUACAACGAAAUUUCCACCUCGAUCGCUACCGGGAUGCUGCUGUGCGCGUUACAGUGUGCCGGAUUAAGCUCGCUCGUGACCACACCGUUAAACUGCGGGCCAGCGCUUCGCACACUGCUCGAGCGGCCACCGAACGAGAAGCUGCUGGUAUUACUGCCCGUUGGCUAUCCAGCGGACGAUUGUACCGUACCGGAUCUGCAGCGAAAGCCGCUGGAAGAUAUCAUGGUGCGGUUUUGAACGUAAACUUCCAGGCAGUGGUCUUUAUUGGGAAGAAGCAAUAUCGAUCUACUCUUCCGUUGUUGCACACACGUUGCGCAGAGAAAGCCGUCCGCCAUAAGCCGAAAAGGCGAUAAAGAAGUAGCAUAAAUUUACGAUAAGAGGGGAGCUGUAUUAGGUUGGCUUAGAGACAUACUGCUACCAGACACAUGGAUGUUUGUUUUAUUGAGUGAAACGCAGUUGUCUUAAAACUGCCAACGCUUUUUAUCAGUGUUGAGAUAAAGGUUUUAUUUUAUACUUAUAGAAACAAAAAACGAUAAAAUUGCAUCUGCAAGGAAUUAAA